AUGGCAUCUUCAGUGCGACGUACUAUUGGUAGUGGAAAUAUAAACGAACCAGUAACUAUAAUUAAAUGUGAAAUUGAUGAUGAAUUUGUUGGUCCUAAUGAUGGUCUUGGAGUAGUAUCAACAGCAAUGGCUUUAGGUAUUAAUUCGACAACAAAUACAACAUUUGGAAAUAAUGCUGAUGGUUUAGAUUGUGUUGUUUGUGGUGAUCGAGCAACUGGAAAACAUUAUGGAGCAAUAUCAUGUGAUGGAUGUAAAGGAUUUUUUCGUCGAAGUGUCCGUAAAAAUCCUGUAUAUGAAUGUCGACAUCAAAAUAAUUGUACUAUUGAUAAAGAUAAACGUAAUCAAUGUCGACAUUGCCGUUGGAAAAAAUGUAUUCGAAUGGGUAUGAAAAAAGAUGCGGUACAAAAAGAAAGAGAUCGUCUCGGACGACAACGUAGUCAUGUUUAUAAUUUUGGAACAACAAAUAUAAAAUCCAGUGGAAAUCUUACUGGUGAUCUUGAUGAGGAUGAAGAUGAUUUAAGUGUAACAGCUCUAUUAAAAGCUGAAAAAACAGCUCAAGAAUAUAUUGGUCGACAAUAUCGAUUAGAUCGACCACCAUCUAAUACAGAGCGUGUUCCAGCUACAUUAGAAACAAUUGGUAUAUCAAUGAAUUAUCAACUUCGUAGUCUUAUUGAAUGGGCAAAAGGUUUGAAGGGUUUUGUUGAAUUAUCUGAUAAUGAUAAAAUUGCUCUGUUACGUGGUCAUACAGGAGAAAAUCUCAUAUUAGGUGUUGCAUGUCGUUCAUUAAACUGUGAUGAUUAUUUACUAUUAGGUAAUCAUUAUGUUAUACCAAGAAAUGCAUCUGAUCCAGGUUUAAGUCGUGCAGCUGGUAGAAUACUUGAUGAAAUAGUUAAACCAUUAAAAGACAAUCAAUUAGAUGAAAAAGAAUAUGCUUGUUUAAAAGCUAUCGUUUUUUUCGAUAAUGAUAAUAAAUCUUUAUCAAAUCCAAUGCGUGUUAAACAAUUACGUAAACGUAUACAAGUUAAUCUUGAAACAUAUAUUAAUCAACAAAGACCAUUAAUGCGUGGACGUUUUGGUGAAUUAUUAUUAUUAUUACCACCAUUACAAAAUAUAGCUCGAUUAAUGGUUGAUCUUGUUGCACGUUAUAGUCAAGAUACAAAACAAGUUGAUGAUCUUAUUAAUGAAAUGCUUCUAAAUAGAUAUCGUGACGAUUGUCAGGAAGCGGUGAUAUCCACAACGACCAAUACAAACCAUACAAACAUCAACACGACAUCAUCAUCAUCUCCAAGUAAUUCAAUUUCAAAAGAGAACGAUCUCGAUUCAAGUGCUUCUUCAAUUGAUACCGAUAUGGAAGACAAUAUAUCUCAGGAGACUGAUCAAUAUGAUCAUUUAGCAUCAGCAACACCUGUAACAACUUCAGUUAUGAUUGUACCACGAGCAGUUGAUGAUGAACUUAAUAAUAUUUCACUUAAUGAAAAUGAUGAUUAUACACCAAAUAAUUUAUCUCAUAUUCAUCUUCUUCAUCCAACUGUUAAUACUGAUCCAAAUUUAUAUCGUCAUAAUCGAACAAUUGUUGAUAAUAAUCCAAUAUCAAGUGAUUUUGAUCAAUAUCAACAUAGACAAAAUUUACAAUAUUUUACAAAUACAUCAAAUGAACGAUUAAAAUUAAAUAAAUCAAAAUCUAUAGCAACUCCAUCAACAACGGGAACAAAUUAUGAUCCUAAUAGUGAUAUAAAUUUUUUAUAUGAUCUUGUUACACCACCGACAACAACAAGAACAAUUUCACAGUCAGUACAAUCACAAUCGAAUAAUGAUGAUAAUCAUUUUUUUGAUGACCAUUGGAAUGAAUAA